UCUGUUAAUAUAUUGCGACGGCCGCAAGCCCCUCUCACCUCAUCUGCCCCCCGUGCGGCGGCGGCGACGCCUCCACCUGACCUGGCCUGCGGCGACGACUCCUCAUCUGUCCCUCUCUGAUCGUCGGGUAUCGGCCAGAUCCGCGGGGGUGCUGUGCUCCGCGGAGGCCCUAGAUCGCACCGCGUGCGAUGCCGCGCGACUUGUCGAGGUCGCGUUCGCCGCCGCGCCGGCGGCAGCGGUCGCCGUCCCCCGCGCGGUACCGUGGCCGGAGGGGGCGCCGCGAUCGAAGCCCAAGCCCCGUCCGUAGCAGAUCCCCCUAUCGCCCCGCGUAUAGAAGGAGAAGCCCUUCACCUUCCCCAAGAAGGCGCAAGAGCCAUUCUCCAUCUCCUAGGAGGCGCAAGAGUCUGUCUCCAUCACAAAAGCGUUACAGAAGAAGGAGAAGUCCGAGUGUCACUAGCUCUCCAAUCACCGCAUCUCAAAUUUCCCACCUUGGGUUGGCAGAGAAUAAGAAUGCUACUGAUAAGCAAAGGCUAGAAGAUGAAAAGAAAAGGCGACAAAAAGAAGUUGAACUGAGACUAUUAGAGGAGGAAACGUUAAAAAGAGUUGAGCAAGCUAUUAGGAAAAAAGUUGAGGAGAGUUUGAAUCGUGAGGAAAUUAAGCAAGAAAUACAACGACGAAUUGAGGAAGGGCGAAAAAGGAUAUAUGAAGAGGUAGCGAUCCAGAUUGAGAAAAAAAAGGAGGCAGCUUUAAAUGAAGCCAUGCAGAAAGCGGAACGAGAAAAGCAGGAGCGGGAGGAGCAAGAGAAGAAGCUUGAAGAACAACGAAAGAAAGCUGAAGAAGCAUUGAUGAAACAAGCGAUGGAACAGCAGCAGAAAGAGCUAGAGCGGUAUCAGGAACUGGAGAGGCUUCAGAAAGAAAGGGAGGAGGUCAUGAAGCGGAAACAGAUGGAGGAAGAGCAGCAGAGGCAGAACCAGAUGAAGCUGCUGGGCAAGAACAAGUCGCGGCCAAAACUGUCGUUUGCUCUUGGAAUGAAGUAGCAUCUGGCUCACCGGAGUGAAACUUAGCAUUUUAAUUUAUCUGUAACCGCAUCUGUCUAUGAAAGCGCCCAUGUGUUCCGCAGACAAUUGCAAUGUGUUGAUUGAUCUUGCUCCGCUGUGUGAGGUGUGCGUCUCAAUACUGUCGUGGUGCAUCAUAUUCUUCAGCCACUCCAUUUCUGUUUGGUUGAAUGUUGCGUAGGGACAAAACUGCCUCCAUACACUGACUGAUGAUUUUGAAUUGCUUGAAAUGCAAAAGAUUUGGCAGGGCUUCAUACCCUCCACAGUGGAA